AUGCGUGACCUCCUCCUGCGAGCUUGGCGUUGGAACCUGCUCGCUUUCUGGCCACAGUUCCUCAAGCAAGCACCACCUUGCAACUGCACUCGCAGGGGAACACGCUUUCCUUUGGACGGUCUCACCCGUACUGGCCCAAGGACUGUAACCAGGCUCCACAGCCCGGCGGUCGGCAACGACUGUUGGAUAGCGCCCGGGUCACCGGUACCCGAGGUUUACGCAUCGAAGGCUCCGUUCGCUCAACCGCUUUCCAGGCUGGACUUGACAUUGUUGCUCUGCGCAGGAUACGACUCGUCUCGACGAUGGAUAUCUGCGGGUCUUCAGGGCUCGCGAGAGUCACAAUGCAAGCUCACCUGCCUCGAAGAUGAGGCCAACAUGGACUGCGCCUCCGUUUUGAAAAAACGCAAGUUGAAAAUGAACAAACACAAACACCGAAAGAGGCGGAAACAAAACCGCCACAAGAACAAAAUCUAG